CUGAAUGAAAGGAGCUCUCUCUCCCACUCUCUCCUGCUGUCUGUAUGUAUGGCUCACGUCCGCUGCAGCAAGUGAGCACAUGUCCAGAGCAAACACAGCGAGUCUUUCCAAGUGACUUCAAGCUGGAAGUAAAUAUUAUUGCAGGAACUUCGGCUGAAGGUGCAACUUUAUAUUUUUGUCCCUGCUGGAUUCUAGCAAUGUGACUGCUUUCUUGUUUUUGUUUUUGAGUAUUUCUGUGCAUCAGGAAAAUAACUUGCUUUUUUGAGAAAUUGUCAUGCAAUGGACAAGUUUGAGAAAUUGGAAGAUUUGGACACUUCUUUCUUUUUGUAGUGCAGAUAAUCUGAGGACUGAAUCUCUACUCACUCACAGAACUUUGGGACACUGGUUCUACCAACCUUCACCCACCACCAGGGACUGCAGAUCUCCUCACUAUCAACAGAAUUCACUGGACCUGGAUCAGUUUGACCUUACUUUACCCUAUUAACACACAUCAAGAGGGCAGCUUGCCACAUAAACAUAGUAUCUGGAUUCUGAGGUGUGAUGCUGAGUCAUUUUGUUUGACACACACACACACACACACACACACACACACACAUGGCUGUCUGAAACUGGAGAAACCAGGGCAUCAAAUGAGGACAUCCAAUACUCCAAACUAUUUCAGAAAAUCUGACUUUGUUUCUCUCACAUGCUGGUGGAGAUGUAACAUGUGCAUUAUUCUGAAAACAAAGCUUCCAUCUUCUCACACAACAUACUGAAAUAUAACAGCCAAGCUGCUUUGAUUUACAGCAUUAUUGGGUCAAGGUCCUGAAUUGAAAUACAGCAUCGUCCCACCAUGACCCGACAGACCUGUAAUUUGCAUCACUCCUACCUCCCUCGCCUCCUUCUCCUCAUCCUGCUGUUGGUCCUCCAGGCCUGGUGGGGGUGCUGUCACCCUCAGUGUUUGGACUACAAGCCUCCGUUUGAGCCCCAGCAGCCACUGCUCUUUUGCAAGGAGUAUUCAAAGUUUGGAUGCUGUGAUCUGGAAAAAGAUGCAGAGAUAUCUAUCAAGUUUUACAGCAUCAUGGACAACUUUGACCAUUCAGGCUAUAUGACCUGUGCCAAAUAUAUACGCAGCCUCCUCUGCCAGGAGUGUUCUCCAUACGCUGCACACCUGUAUGAUGCUGAAGAUGCUAACACACCCAUGCGGAUGCUGCCCGGACUGUGUGGUGAUUACUGCUCCGACUACUGGCAUCAGUGUCGCUACACGCUCAGUCUCGUCUUGGAGGACUCUGGGAACCCGCAGCAGUUUGCUAACCUGACGGCAACAAUAGAAGAAGAUCGCAGAAAGUUCUGUGAAUAUCUGGAGCUGAAGGACAAACAUUACUGCUAUCCUAAUGUAUUGACUAAUUCAGAUCUUAAUGCUAACCUGGGCUCAGUUCGCGAGGAUCCCAAAGGAUGUCUGGAGCUGUGCUUGCAGGAGGUUGCCAACGGGCUCCGUAACCCCGUGGCCAUGAUCCAUGCAAAUGAUGGGACUCAUCGAUUCUUUGUGGCAGAGCAGCUGGGUUAUGUGUGGGUGUAUCUGGCCAACGGCUCCAGGAUCGACCGUCCUUUCCUCAACCUCACCCGUGCUGUCCUCACAUCCCAGUAUGCUGGAGACGAAAGGGGAUUCCUCUGCAUAGCCUUACACCCAAGGAUCACUACGGUCAGAAAAGCCUACGUAUACUACUCUGUGCAAAUAAAGAAGGAGGAGAGGAUACGUAUCAGCGAGUUCACACUGUUACCCGAAGAUGACAACCAAAUAGACCACACCUCUGAGAGGACCAUUCUUGAGGUGGUCGAGCCGGCAUCCAAUCACAAUGGAGGACAGCUUCUAUUUGGCCAUGACGGGUACCUGUACAUCUUUAUUGGUGAUGGUGGCCGAGCUGGGGACCCAUUUGGGAAGUUUGGCAAUUCACAGAAUAAGUCAGCACUCCUGGGCAAGGCGCUGCGUAUUGACGUUGACGACAACGACGAUGGCGCCCCGUACAGCAUCCCCUCAGACAACCCAUUCCUAGGGGAGAAGGGAGCACGGCCCGAGAUUUAUGCCUAUGGAGUUCGCAACAUGUGGCGUUGCUCCAUCGACCGAGGUGACCCCGUCACAGGCCGGGGCGGAGGCAGGAUGUUUUGUGGUGAUGUCGGCCAGAACAAAUAUGAAGAGGUGGACAUUAUCGUUAAAGGAGGCAACUAUGGAUGGAGAGCCAAAGAGGGCUUCAGCUGCUACGAUCGCAAACUCUGUCAGAACUCUUCCCUAGAUGACAUCUUGCCUAUCUUUGCCUACCCCCACAAGUUGGGCAAAUCAGUGACAGGAGGGUACAUCUACAGAGGCUGUCAGAUGCCCAACCUCAAUGGACUCUACAUCUUUGGGGAUUUCAUGAGUGGGCGUCUGAUGUCUCUCAAGGAGAAUCUCACCUCAGGUGAAUGGCACUACAAUGAAAUCUGCAUGGGAAGAGAUCAGACCUGCAGAUUCCCCAAACUCAUCAACAGUUACUAUAAAUAUAUCAUCUCUUUUGGCGAGGAUGAAGCAGGUGAACUGUAUUUCUUAGCCACAGGAGCCCCGAGUGCCACAGCCAGAGCAGGAAUCGUCUAUAAGAUAGUGGACCCUUCCAGGCGAGCAGCACCAGGAAAAUGCAGUGUCAAGCCAUUACCUGUUAAGAUAAAAGGAAAAUUGAUUCCCUUCUAUCCCAAAGAAGAGUAUGUAAUCGACAAGAAACCAACCACCACGGCUGUUCCCACGACAACCACGAGAAAAACUACAACAACAACAAAAACACCACCAAGACGAAAAACACCUAUAAUAAUAAUAAAACCACCAAUGCCAACAAGAAAAACUAUAAGAAAAACGCCACCACCAACAACAGCAACAACAAGAAAAACAACAUUACAGACAACAAGAAAAACAACACUGAGAAAAACACCAACAACUAUAAAAGCAACAACAAUAAAAACAACCUCAGCAGCAACAAUAAAACCAACAACCAUACCAACAACUGUCCAGACGACCAUGGCAACCACCCCCGCCACAACCACGCCCCCUGGUUAUCGCACAACCGCCAUGACGGCAGCCUUCUCUAGGAUCGCGCAAACCCCAAUCAUCACCUCACCUCCAGCCAGGAAACAUGGGAGACCCCUUCAGUACAAUCCUUUUACCACCUCCCAACCUUUAACCUCACCACAACCUCCUCCUUCUCCAUCCACAACCUCCCUGAAACCGCACCAGAGGACUCUGACCCCUGCACGAUACCCAGAGCGUGCUGAAGCCUCGACCACAUCCCCACCACGGUCGCCAUAUUGGAGCCAGAAACCAACAGCAUCAGGCUUUAAGCCCCAGGGACCGCCAAUCAACACAACGCUGCCUAAAUCGCAGGAAGAGCGGCUGUGGCUUGGAGAGAAGUUAGAACGCACCGGGGAGGGUAACCAAGUAUUCAAGAGGCCUCGAGGUCGAGGUCGAAAGAGAGGAAGAAGGCUGCGGGUCGGCUCAGUGCGACUGGUAAGCGCCGAUGGUUUAUCGGAUCGAGGUAGAGUGGAGAUCUUUAUCCGUGGCGAGUGGGGGACAGUGUGUGAUGAUCUUUUCACCAGCAAAGCAGGUACUGUAGUGUGUCGACAGCUCGGCUUCACGACGGCAUUGGCGGUGAUGAAGAGGGCUGCGCUGGGCGAGGCCGACCGCAGCGUCAGGAUCCUGUUGGAUGACGUGGAGUGUGAGGGCGAGGAGGGGUCGUUGCUGGAGUGCAAGAGAUCCAGAGUGGGGAAACACAACUGCUCACACGGGGAAGACGUAGGGGUAAUAUGCGGUUAGCAUGGAGGGGUGAAACGUAAAAGAAAAGUAAAGAAGAAAAGGAGGAGACGGUGAAGAGAUGUUUGGUUUGUGUGACAUAGGAAACAGAAAAGUGACAGGAUGAGAAAGAAGAGAAGAAGAGAGCAUUUGAAGAAGGUGCUGAGGUUAUUAAAGACUGCUCAUUUUUAAGUAUUAAUGAUGAAGAUGUCAGUUUACUAAAAUUCUAUGGAUUUAUUUUUUCCACUUUUACAUAUUAAUGUUUUAUUUGUCACUUCCCUUCCACACCAUCAGAUUUUUCUCCUAAACUCACUCAGUCUAUGUUGCACAUAAUACCAAUUAUUAUAGUUCAUAUCAACAAAUAAACAUUUAUGUUGUUACCUCUCCCUAGCUGAGGAAAUCUCAUUAACUUCUCCAACUCUUAUUCUUAACCACAGCACAAUGAAGGGCCUGAUCAUAUCAGCAUUAAGUAUUGGGUUGGGCAGUUGUUUCUAUUUUCGUAUCCAAGGCUACGCCAAACACGUACCAUUAAGCAACUGUCGGUGGAGCAGCUACUGCAACACCACGCUUACACUAAAACCAAUAAAACUAGUUACAACACCUACUCAUCAGCAGUGUUGAUAGUAAAUAUGGCAACUGUUGAUGAAAGAUCAUUUUAAGAUCAUCUACCAAGUGAUUUGAUGUUUGUGGUGCUACAUCAUUUAGCAUCUUUUUUUGAUGAAUGUAAAAUUUGAUCGAAUUACUCAAAAAUGCUUAACGUGGACUGAGUGACUAUUGGGGAAACUGUGUAUAUAUUCUGGCUAUGUGUUCUGUUUACAUACAUUCUAGACAUCCAUGAUGUCAACAGAUAUUUGUAUUUUUGUACUGUUCAUUUCAGCACGUUUAUUUUAUAUAGAAGCUUUUUAAAAUUUGCAUUUUGAUACCUUUUUGAAUGUAGUUUUAAGAUGAACAGAUCUAAAGAGUUUUAACAAGGAGAUGCUGGACAUUCUGUCUGAUGAAUGUAAUAAAAUGUUUCCACUUUUAUAUAAGAAGAUUUGAAGGCACAGAGUGCCUGUGAUAUGAAUAAAGUUUUACUGCAAAAUGA